GUUUGAUGGAGCCAGAAGCAUGCGCACAAGCUGAGCACGGAGCUGUCCAAGUGCUGAAAUAGUCAGUGUAAGAUCACGGCUCAUUCUCCCAUUCCGGCAAAGGGAGCGUAGCCUUUUCUAGAGCCCAAGACCCGUCAUUCCCUUAUGAUAUUUACAACUUGCUGAUAAGGAAAGGGUGGAAGGCAAACAGCCUCCCCCCUCCUCCCCCGCAUUUUAAGGACGAUUCAUACAAAUACGGCUUUCUAAGCCCAAGGGAAAUAAAAGCAAUUCCAGAAGACAAGACCAACGUGGCAGUGUUAUUCCCAUUUGCAUGAUGUUAAGGUAGAGAAGGAUUUGGGUUUUGCUGCGGGAGGGAUCAGUAUUUGGGUGAAAGCAGCCCAGGGAAUCGCCAGUUCAGAUGCUUUGUAUCUUUUGUGUUGGCUGCUUGGGAUGAGCCUGGGUUUAACCUAACCAUGAUUCCGAGGACUGGUACUUUUGAUUUUUUACCAUCUCCAAUGUGUACAAAUUCAGGUUUUCUCUUUCUGGUUUUAAAGAAAUGUAAAUUAUUACUGGAUUUGGGAAUUUAGACAAGACAUAGUACUUUCUGUCCCCUUGCCCUCUUGAUUGACACUGGAAUCGUUUCUGGGAUAUUUUUCCACAUUCAACACAGAAAACAGGAGGAAUGAACCGACAGCUAGUGAACAUUUUGACUGCCUUGUUUGCCUUUUUCUUAGAGACACACCACUUCAGGACAACUUUCUGUAAAGAACAUGAUUCCAGAUCUGGAAAAUCCCCUUCACAGACACUGUCUCCUUCAGAUUUUUUGGACAAAUUGAUGGGACGGACAUCAGGGUAUGAUGCACGAAUAAGGCCAAAUUUCAAAGGUCCUCCAGUAAACGUUACUUGCAAUAUUUUUAUCAACAGUUUUGGAUCAGUCACAGAAACCACAAUGGACUACAGAGUGAACAUUUUUUUGAGGCAACAAUGGAACGAUUCACGUCUUGCCUACAGUGAAUACCCCGACGACUCCUUGGAUUUGGAUCCAUCUAUGUUGGACUCUAUUUGGAAACCAGAUUUAUUCUUUGCCAAUGAAAAAGGUGCAAACUUCCAUGAUGUUACCACAGACAACAAGCUUCUGAGGAUUUCCAAAAAUGGGAAGGUGUUGUAUAGUAUCAGGCUAACAUUAACCUUAUCCUGCCCCAUGGACCUGAAGAACUUUCCCAUGGAUGUACAAACAUGUACCAUGCAACUAGAGAGCUUUGGCUACACUAUGAAUGACCUGAUAUUUGAGUGGAUGAGUACUCAUCCGGUACAAGUAGCCGAAGGUUUAACUCUUCCGCAGUUUAUCUUGAAGGAAGAGCAGGAACUUGGUUAUUGCACAAAGCAUUACAAUACUGGAAAAUUUACAUGCAUUGAAGUAAAGUUUCAUUUGGAGCGUCAGAUGGGAUAUUAUUUAAUCCAGAUGUACAUUCCUAGCCUGCUGAUCGUCAUUUUGUCCUGGGUUUCUUUCUGGAUCAACAUGGAUGCUGCUCCAGCCAGAGUUGCCUUGGGCAUCACCACCGUCUUGACCAUGACUACUCAGAGUUCAGGUUCCAGAGCUUCUCUUCCAAAAGUCUCUUAUGUAAAAGCUAUUGACAUCUGGAUGGCUGUGUGUCUCCUCUUUGUAUUUGCUGCAUUGCUUGAAUACGCAGCAGUGAACUUUGUGUCAAGGCAACACAAGGAAUUUCUGAGACUUCGGAGAAGGCAAAGGAGGCAAAACAAGGCACAGACUGUGACUGUUGGAAAUGAAAGCGUCAAGUCGGUACGGCGAAUGAAUGGCUUGCGGAUCAAAGAAUCAUCAACAUACGGGACAAUGAAUCAGAUGUGCAAUCCAAGUUUGAGGGAAGAAGACACUGCUCGUGAGAGUCGCUUUAAUUUUGGUGGCUAUGGGAUGGGUCACUGUCUACAGGUCAAAGACGGUGCUGCAGUCAAGGCCACCCCUCCAAACCCUCCCCCUCCACCACCACCAAAGGAUUCAGAUUCCAUCAAAAAGAAGUUUGUUGACCGUGCCAAAAGGAUUGAUACAAUAUCCCGAGCUGCAUUCCCUCUUGCCUUUCUCAUCUUCAACAUAUUUUACUGGAUUACAUACAAAAUUAUACGUCAUGAGGAUAUUCACAAAAAAUAAGCAACUGUGUGAGCUGGGACCUUCUAGCCAAAGUGACUCACCUGUAAAUAAAGAGUGCAAUUUUGUUUCUGUCAUGGGGACGGAGGGUUUGUUGUCUUGUGAUACUAAAGAGGGUGAAAAAUGGUGUGUGCGGGUGGGGGGAGAGAGACAGAAAUAAAAGUAUCAAUAACAGUUGCACAAAACAAGAUGCUGUGUGGGAUCACAACACGAGGAUUUCCUUCUGUACUCUGAGCCUCAGCAUGGUUCUUCCAGACUCUUACCAGGAUCAAACCAACCUACACAGGGCCAAAUUUUUUCAAAAGUUCUCUCGGCAAGACACAUGUAAGAAAUAUCUAAAUGCAUCUACCAUGGGACUUACUGCAGUGGCUGCAGCGCAAAGAGUUUCUAAGAGGACCAAACUUUCUUCAGGGUAACGCUGCCUUUCUAUAUGAAACAUGUCUAACUAAGCUACAUUCCAUUCAUGUCUGUAGUGAGUGGUUUGCCCAGAAGUCCCUUUGUGAGUUGUACAUUAUUUCUAUUAACAGGGCAUGGGGUUGGGGAGGAGAAGAUUUAUACUUUAAUAUCCUUGUGGGUGUGCAUUUUAAUAUACUUGCUUUCCUAGAACUGUAACUUUUGAGGUCUGAUUUGUGUAGGGUGUGAUUCAUUCAAUUGCUUUCACUUGUAGAAACGACCUGCGAAAUGGCUCAUUUUAUCAUGGUUUUAAGACAGUGCACUUAUUACAUUUUUUGCCUGUUUUUUUUAAUUUAAAUUACAUGCAGCAUAAGGUGCCAAACUGUAAUUUACCUGUCAUAUUACCCUGUCCUGCACUAUUGAUUAAGAACCUGUUUCCUGGCAUAGUUCAGUUUAGCAUUGACUUUCUAUUACUGCUCUCAUUAUAGCUGCAAGUUGAUAGCUCUAGAGGUAAACAUGACUUGUUUACAGACCUCUAAUUUAUAUCUUUACUAAAAAGUGGCUAUCAUUUUAAAUAUCAUUGACUAACUGAAGAGUUUUAAAACUGUACUGUGAUUUUCAUAACCUGUUAACCUUUUGGUGCCGGAGCAAUGUGGUCCAAAUUCUUGCUAUGUGUUUUAAAGUAGAAGUUAAAUAAUAAUAAUUUUAAAAAACAAAAAAAAAGGAGCUAUUUUUGCUGACAUAGACAAAGGCAACCUGUAAGAUUAAAAACCAAACGAACAUUACAAUUUUACUUGCUGUAAAAAGGGUUUAUUACAAAAAGGUAAUUGUUCCAUUUCAAUAAAGCUGAGGGUCCGACUGA